AUGGACUCUCUAUCCUCAGACCUAGUCCGUCGGAAUGGAAGCAAACGCUCAUGCGAAGCAUGUCGGAAGUCGAAGACCAAGUGCGACCACACGUUGCCCAUAUGCGGUCGAUGCGCCCGGAAAAGUAUUCUAUGCUUCUAUGAUCCGGCGCCGAUGACAAGAAAAUUUCGACCCAUGUCCAUAAUAAAGAGUAGGACGCAAAGAAAAACAAGGAACUCCGGAUCACCGGGCGCCUCGUGGGCAGUCGUUGUGAGUACUCCGCCUCUGGAGAGUGCUGGUUUCCUCGGUCCUACCAGCUACCGUUCCUUAAUGACGGGGGCGGUUAACGAUGGUGACCCUGGCCCAUCGGACAAUGACCGUACAAUAUAUACUAUUGACCCGAAGCAACUAGAUUUGGGACUCCGGAUCUUGGACUUCCUUGCCGCUAAUGCGCUUCUCUUGAGGGCGCUCGUGAGACAAGUGUAUGAACUUGGCCUAAUGCCCAUUAUCCCAGAGGUGCUUAUGCUUCCCGCUCUCGAUAUAUUAUGGGAUGUCUUCGGAAACUAUAUUGUUCAAGAUGAAUCAUUAAGAUUGCGUACUGUCGUCGACAUUUUUGAAAACUCAUAUCAACCGAUACCUAUUACCCUCGCUAUGAAUGCUGGUGAACUCUGUUCUUUGAUCAGCGGUAAAAAUGUUAGGUGGGAGAUGAUCGGCAGUGUGAUCACAGUCGCGACUGUACGUCUGAUCCAUACACCUGAGCGAGAUGUUAUUCAUAUCGAUCCUCAACAACGAAGGAAGGAUAAGCUCCUCACGCAAAUGCUAGAAAUCACCGAUCAACUCUUACCCCUCAGCAACGCUCUACCUGUUGUCAACGAAUUGAUGGUCUGUCUCAAGUAUUCUCAGAUGAUGCUUGCUUCCCAGAGAUUUGGUGACUCUAGGAUCCACCAGUAUAAUGACCACAUGGCGCAGUACCCGGGCUUCAUGAACUUGUGGCGGAGAAGGUGUUUCGCCUCUGUGUAUUCCACGGAUAAAACCAUUGCAACAACACUCGGCCGACCACCCUCGCUGACUCGACAUUAUUGCGUGCUUAAGCCACCAUUGGACAUUGAUGAUGACAUAGAUGCCCCAACCUAUGAGCAGAGCCUCCGAAUGAUAGAUAACAAUGGAUGGAAUAGCGAUGGAAAACGACGCCACUCUACCUUCAUUCGCCUUCGGUUCCUUCUUUCCACAAUUCGAGAGGAGAUCCUCGAGCUUCACUUGGGAGUCAGUAGCGCUGACAUGGAAAGGAAAGCACACGACGUAUUGCAGAAGCUGCAAUCACUCUGGGAUAGCUGUCCUAGCUAUAUGAAAUAUUCUCCGGAUAUGUGGAAUAGCCAACUCCCUGCUUUGGAAAUCCUGGUCCUUCUAUAUCUAUUCGUGGAUUAUCUUUACUCUAUGUUCCUACUUUAUCGAUUGAAAUCCCAGGAAUCUCAGAAAGGUAAACCCAAGGAGCUUCUCCACGUGGCGAAGACUAUUCUUUCUACAGUUGUCGUGAUUAAUGAACACCGUGAAAGGGCGAGAGAAGUCCGGAGCGAUUUUUCUAGCAUUUUUCUGCCGUUCGGCCUUCCCAGUGCCGAACUUUUGGCUAUGGAGUUACUUCAGCCUUCCCUACAGGGUCCUCCACACUCUAGCUUGCCCAGAGCGGAGAUAAUACGAGAGCUAACCCUAUACACCUCCUGUCUUAGCUGGAUCGCUAGACCUGGAAGUGUUAAUGUCGCAUUUUGCAACAAAGUCAAGGCGAGACUGACCCGCAUCUUGGACCAAAUUCUCGACCCAUCAUAUGCCGCGCCGGGUUCAAGUAACAGUCAAAGUGGAGCUGGGCGUGAGGCUAACUGGGCUUGUCUGGAAUUGGCAGACUCGGAUUUUACAAUCCACAACUUGCUCUGCUCGGAUGAUGGAAGUAACUGGGAUUCUGGGUUUGAUUUAUUUUGUGGGCCUGUAUUCUAG